AGAGGGAAAGAGAGAGAGGGGGGGGGGAUCUCAUCUCUCUAAAUCAACCAGUCACUAUCCUAAAACACAAGAAGCACUGGUGAUCUUCAAUGAGAUCCCCUCUUUGCCUCCACCCUCCAAACUGACUUCGUCUCCGCACAAAACUUCCCGCAAACGUCCAGCAUGAGCGGAGGCAAACGCCAUGGAUGUGCCACAUGAGGCGGACCGGAGAAACUGAAGCCACCGCUCAAAGUUUGCCUACAGAAACCACUGUGACACUGACCGAACAAACUCACAACUUUUAACGCCCUUUUUUCUGCUCUUCUGCUACUUUUUACUUGUCGCCUGCCAGUUGGGAUUGCUUGGAUUCCGCGGUGUGUCUUUAUAUGUUCAGCCGGGGAGACGUGUAGUUUUUCGGGGUGGUCCGCUAUCAGGAAGGUGACAUGCAGGUUCUCGGUUGGACCAUAGUUGUCCUCUGCCAGUGGAUCCUACAGAAGCUAUUCCAGUAAAGCCUCUAGCCCAGGGACAGAGGAGAGCUGCCCCACACGGUAAUUGAACCACAGAUCCUGCUGGACCAUUAGUCACGAGUCUUGGUCUGUCCAGAGCCUUUUAUCGCUGUUGAAUCAACACAAGCAGUGUGAAUGAGUGCAGGUCCAAGGGUUGGAGAAGCAAGUGGACUUCUCAGACCUGGGCCCAGUGGGGUCGGUGAUGAAGACUCUUCCAUAUGGCAUAGGUGGAGGCACAGUAGGAGGAACAACAGGAGGAGUGGUUAAGCCUCCUUACCAAACCCGCAUCUUCUCCACUUCCAUCGACCAGACGUCCAUGAAAUCCAAGCCGCCGACCUACAGUUUCUUUAACCCGUACGAUUCAACCCGGAACCAGUCCCUGCUCCUGGACCAGACAGGCUACCGCUCCAAGCGCAAGCCCUCACUAAAGACAGCCAUGAAGACCAAGAAGAUCUUCGGCUGGGGAGACUUCUACUUCAACGUCAAGACUAUGAAGUUCAGCUUGUUGGUGACGGGGAAGAUUGUGGACCACAUCAACGGGACGUUCACUGUUUACUUUCGCCACAACUCGUCCAGCCUGGGGAACGUGUCGGUCAGUAUCGUGCCGCCAACUAAAGUUGUGGAGUUUGAAGUCCUCCAGCAGCAGCAGGUGCACCCCCACACCCAGCAGGCCGUCCAGAUCCAGGAGACCCAGCAGUCCACCAUCGACCCCAAAGAGGUAAAGACCUUUAACUGUCGGGUGGAGUACGAGAAAACCAACAGAUCCAAGAAGCCCAAACCUUGCCUGUAUGAUCCGUCUCAGACCUGCUUCACAGAGCACACCCAGUCCCAUGCUGCCUGGCUCUGUGCCAAACCCUUCAAGGUGAUCUGCAUCUUCAUCUCUUUCUUUAGCAUCGAUUACAAGCUGGUUCAAAAAGUGUGUCCGGACUACAACUUCCAAAGUGAGCACCCUUACUUUGGAUAAGUAAGUGAGACUGAACUGAUAAGAGAAAAAAAAAAAAGAGACAAUGAUGAUGACAAAGAUUAUGGUGAUGAUGAUGAUAAUGAUGGAAACGAUAGUCAUAUUGAUUACAAUGAAGAUGCAGGGGACAGUUUUUUUGCCUCUAAACUGCUGUGAAUUGUGGAUUUAAAUCAAGUAUAAUCAGAGUUAUGGAUGGUUAGGAUGCGGCUGAUUUCUCUGACUUUUUUUCCAACUUUGUAUUUGUUAACUUCUGUUUUUAUUUGACUUUUUUUCUGUAAAUAAUAUACUCAACCUCAGCACACUUAUUGUUUUUAGAUAUUUAUUUCUGAGUGUUGUUACUUUUUGCUGUUGGAGAACUCUGUUGAAAACAGCUGGAAUCAGUAUGCCGUCCGAGUACAAAGUGAGCCUCUGAGGCGGCUGCGCUAUGCCAUCACUGUAUGGCAGCCGUAAUGUUAUGGUAGACUGACUGUUAAUCAUCCUCUCAGCUCUACGUUUCAAUCCCUGGAUAUAAGAGAGUUAUAUGUAUGAGAAAUGCUAUGCUGGAUAUGCAUACAAUAUACUGUAUGAA